AUGACAGAUGUUAAGAUAUUGGAACUAAAUGCCAGCAAGGCAGGCCUUCAAGGUAUUGACAAGGAUCAUGUCAACAAGGUCAUCCAAGAAGCAUCGAAGGGAACGCCUUAUUAUGAGCACCAGCAAAAGCGUCAGAAACGCAUAAAUGUGAAGAUUGAUGCCAUGCUUGCCGAGCUGAGACCCCUGAGCCCUGCACACUUACAAGCGUCUCAGCACCAGAUGGAUAUCAUUGUUGAAAAGAUGGAGUGCACACGUGACUUGAACAGAGUCAUUGUGCACGUUGACAUGGAUGCCUUUUACGCAGCUGUAGAGAUGCUGGACAACCCCUCUUUGCGGGACAAACCAAUGGCAGUUGGUUCUGUGGGAAUGCUGUCAACAUCGAACUACGAGGCCAGGAAAUAUGGUGUACGUGCAGCAAUGCCUGGUUUCAUCGGCAAGAAGCUGUGCCCAACAUUGGUUAUCGUUCGCCCAAACUUCCAUAAAUACACAGAAUUCAGCAGAAGGGUUCGACAAGUGCUUGUGCAAUAUGAUGAAGACUUCACACCAGUUGGUCUUGACGAAGCAUACCUUGACAUCACUGAAUAUAUGGCCAAAAAUGAUGCCGAAGCCGAAGAUGUUGUUCAGGAAAUGAGACAAAAGAUCUUCGAUGCUACACAAUUGACAGCAAGUGCAGGCAUAGCUGCCAACAUGUUUUUGGCGAAAGUUUGUUCUGACAUGCGCAAACCGAACGACCAGUUCAGGCUCCCUAACGAUGUUGAUUCUAUCCGCAAGUUUGUGUCUUCUCUUCCAAUCCGCAAAGUCCCAGGCAUAGGUGCAGUGCAAGAGCAGCUGUUGAUGGCCCUUGGUGUGCGCACGUGUCACGACCUCUGGGUCAAACGAGCUGAAAUCGGCCAUCUCUUCGGAGAAGUUACAGCACGAUUUUACCUUCGUGCAGCUCUUGGCCUUGGUUGCACUGAAGUCAAAUGUGAUUCAAGUCGGAAAUCAAAAAGUGUGGAGGAAACGUUUGCGGAAAUAAGCAGUCCUCAAGACCUGUUCUCAAAAUGCGAGGAACUUUGUGAAGAGCUGCAUCAACAGAUCCAAGAAAAGGGCAUAUCUGGCAGAGUGGUGACAGUGAAGAUGAAAACCGUCACGUUUGACGUGAUGACACGCAGCGUUACUUUAGAGAAUUCAACCUGCAAGUUGGAAACGAUCAAACAGGCAGCUUUGCGGCUCCUGCAACAAGAAAUUGCUGCCGCCAAGCAGGGACAGCCCCUUCGAUUACGUCUAAUGGGAGUCCGGCUUUCUGGACUAGAUGACGGCGGGGCUUUAUCCUCAUCCCAGCCAACCUUAUUGGCAUUCUUGUCUGGCAAAACAGCUCAGUGCCCCAUAUGCGAAAAGACACUGGAAAGCAGCUCCCCUGAAUUUGUUAAUGCACAUGUGGAUACCUGCCUGGGUGAGCAGGACAACAUGCAAACAUCCAGUGAAGGCGACCUGUAUUAUGAGCCAAACCGCAAGGAGAACCAUAACCAGGCCACUCUUGGAACACCUGAUGAGUUGCUACUAGCUUCAACGCCUGAGACACUCUGUGCUAACGUUGUGGAUAAAGAAGACACAGAGUGCAAUAUGACAACGACUAUGGACAGUGCGAAGUCUGUGUCAUCCAAGGAAAAGGCUAGUGUUGUGGAGGAGGAGGAGCCAGCAUCAGUAGAGUGUCCAGUGUGUGGUCACAACAUUCGGGAGACGGACUGGUCUAAAGUAAACGAGCACAUCGACACGUGCCUCAACAAGCCCAUGAUUCGGGAAAUGCUCUCAUCGCAGGAUUUUGCUAGCAGCCCGAUGCCUGAAAAGCGGAAAAUCGAGACACCGAAAAGUCAACGGUCGCAAAAGCGACCAAAGUGCAGUCAGCCACGGCAACGAAAUUCUAUUACAAACUACCUCUCACCUUCUUGUUCAAAAUCUUAAGCCUGACCUCACUGUUUUAUUUCUUGUUAUAUAUAAAUGUAUAUAGACUGUAUAUUGCACGUAAAAGUAAAAGCUGCCUGUGAUACCUGAAAA